CCGGCACCGACCGCCGCUGCCCCCGCAGGUCGGCGGAUGGACCCGCAGCCCGGCGCCAGGAGCUGCAGCCGCGGGGCUCCCGCCUGCGAGGUGGGGCCGCCCGAGCCCCCCAUGAACCUCUACAUCCACACCACCACCGGCACGCGCUAUGAGCUCUCCGUGCCCGCCGAAGAGACGGUGGAGGGGCUGAAGCGGCGGCUGUCCCAGCGCCUCAAGGUGCCCAAGGAGCGACUGGCGCUGCUGCACAAAGAGAGCCGCCUGAGCUCUGGCAAACUGCAGGACCUGGGGGUCGUGGAAGGCAGCAAGCUGACACUGGUGCCCACCGUGGAGGCUGGAUUGAUGUCCCAGGCGUCCAGGCCAGAACAGUCGGUGAUGCAAGCGCUGGAAAGCUUAACUGAAACUCAGGUCAAUGACUUCUUGUCGGGCCGGUCCCCGCUGACCCUGGCCCUGCGCGUGGGGGACCACAUGAUGUUCGUGCAGCUGCAGUUGGCGGCCCAGCAGAGCACGGGGCAGCUCCAGCACCGGCACCUCAUCGCCAGCCGCGGCGAGGCGGGGGCCAGCGCCAGCCCCCACUGCCGGACGCUGCACGGCGCCGCCGGCUCCGGCUUCGCCCGCAUCCCCGUGGUGCCCACGUGCCAGCAGAGCCCGGCCCCCAGCCCCACGCCCGCCACGCCGGCCCCCCCCAUGUACUGUAACGCCCCCCACCCCGCGCCCAUCACCGCCGGGAUGUUCCGCUCGCACGGGGCCAGCCAGGGCUGUGUGCCCCCCAUAGACCCCUUCCCAGAGGCUGAUUCCACUUUUCUCCCCUCCCAGGUGGACUGUGGCUCCCGCAGCAGCAGCUCCCCAGGCAGCAGCCCGGCCCCCUCGGCCCGAUCCCGCAAGCCCGGGGCGGUCAUCGAGAGCUUCGUCAACCACGCGCCCGGGGUCUUCUCAGGGACCUUCUCCGGCACUUUGCACCCCAACUGCCAGGACAGCAGCGGGCGGCCGCGGCGGGACAUCGGCACCAUCCUGCAGAUCCUGAACGACCUCCUCAGCGCCACGCGACACUACCAGGGCAUGCCCCAGUCCCUGACGCAGCUCCGCUGCCAGACGCAGUUCUCCUCCUCCUCCUCGUCCUCGCCGCCUGCCUCCCCGGACCUCGCCACCAAAACUACCUCAGAGUCGCUGCCAGCGGCCGCCGCCCCCCCCCUGCACCCUGUCGUCCAGUGCCAAAGCCAGAUCCGGAUGUGCAAGCCCAGCGGAGACCGCCUGAGGCAGACGGAGAACCGGGCGACGCGCUGCAAGGUGGAGCGGCUGCAGCUGCUGCUGCAGCAGAAGCGGCUGCGGCGGAAGGCGCGGCGGGACGCGCGGGCGCCGUACCACUGGGUGCCCAACCGCAAGGCCGGGCGCACCAACAGCAACAGCAGCGUCUCCAGCGAGGGCAGCCUGGACCUGGACUUCGAGGACUCGGUCUGGAAGCCGGAGGUCAAGGCCGAGAUGAAAUCCGAGUUUGUCGUAGCAUAGAGAGCCCGUGCCCGGGGGGGCCCCGGGGGACUGUGCCGGGGGGUCCCGUCGCCGCCCCUGCGGGGGGGUCAGCGCGGGUGUCACGGGCCGGAGCCCCUCGAGAUCCGCCGUCUCCUGCGACCGGACGCCUUGGGCCGACCCGCGUGUCCCGGGGAGAGCCCCCCACCCCCCGGUCGCUUGGCUUUGGGGAGAUGGGGGGAGCAGCUGGAGCCGCCCCCUCCCCGCAGCCUCCCCGGCUGGGAAUGGGGGUCCCGACCCCCCGGGGGGGUCCCGGGACAUAUCGAAGCUGCUGCUUUGCUGUGAAGAGGGGCUCGGGGGGGGUGCUCUGGGCCCCCCCGCGUCACCCCCCGGUGCAGGCAGGAGGAGGUGAAGUCUCUCUCGGAGGUGCUGGAGCCCCCCCCAUUUGGGGGCCGUUUGUUUUCCUUCCCUUCUAUAUGUAGCAUUGCUCGGCUGCGGGGCUGGGCCCCCCCGGGCAGUCGGGGGGGACACGUGUGUGCCUGGGCCCCGCCGCCGCAGCCCGGGGAGGGGGGACGGGGUGGGGGGGCUUUGUUUUGGGGGGAUGUUAAUUUCGUUUGGGGAGGGAGAAGCCAAGGCGCUUUCCCUCCGCGGCCGAGCCCAACUUCCGAGUCGCUGGACUCCUUCCCACCCGCCACUUGGGUGGUUGGAUUUUCUUUUUUAACUUAAAAAAAAUAAAAUUAAAAAAAAAGGAGAAAAAA